AUGGCACCAAGACGGUCACUCAGGAUCAGUGCUGGUCUUGCUCGAGAUUUGACAGAGACACUGAAGUCAGCCUCCACUGUCAGUAAAAAUGGAACCAAAAGCACGAGUAAAAGAAAGAGCAAAGCAAGCACAAAAAAUGGCAUGACAAAGAAGCAGAAAGCAACAUCACCAUCACCGACUAAGAAGAAUGCCGCGAAAAAGACGUUAGUUGAAGAUGCGGCAGCGGAAGAUUGCCAGCAGUGGAUAUCCCAAAUCCCGAAAAGCAAGGAUAUGAAAGGCGACGUCACGUCAGUGGCAGACAACAGCAAUCUGAGAAUGACACCGCCUCAACUCGAUCGACCUGUCGAACCCUAUCGGACCAACGCCACGCUGGUCACACCGAGGGGGAGCUCGAUAGUGGCAUAUCCUUCUGCAGAAGAUGUAUCACCCAGCAAAACAGGUCUACCACGCCCGAUAGCGACGACAGGUAACCUUCUUGAAAAGGCUCUUGAACACUUGGUUGCCUCGGAUGCGCGUCUUAAGCCCGUUAUUGCGAAACACCACUGUCGACUUUUUUCGCCGGAGGGACUGGAUGAGAAAAUCGAUCCAUUUGAAAGUCUUGCAAGUAGUAUCAUUGGCCAACAGGUCUCCGGAGCAGCAGCGCGGUCAAUCAAAAAUAAAUUUCUGGGUUUAUUUCCUGAUGCAACAGCAACAGCAAGCCAACACAAUAAACGCCCCUUUCCAACACCAGCGCAGGUAUCCCAGUUAGACAUACCCACCCUCCGAACAGCAGGACUAUCCCAACGCAAGGCAGAGUAUAUCCACGGCCUAGCCGAGAAAUUCUUCAACGGAGAGCUCUCGACGCAAAAACUGCUCAAGGCCACGGACGACGAAGUGAUGGAAAUGCUUCUUGCUGUACGCGGACUGGGCCGCUGGUCGGUGGAGAUGUUCUCGUGUUUUGCCCUAAAGAGAACCGAUGUGUUUUCGACGGGCGAUUUGGGUGUGCAACGAGGCUGUGCGGCUUUCAUCGGCAAAGAUGUCAAUAAAUUGAAGGCCAAAGGUGGCGGCAAAUUCAAAUACAUGUCAGAAAAGGACAUGCUGGAACUCGCAGAGAAGUUUCGUCCUUAUAGCAACUAUUCUGUCUGA